AUGGCGACCGAGUCAUCAUUCCCAGUUCACUCUGCGAACCUGGACCUUCGGGCAGAGUCGUUCCAAGCAAACAAGAAGAGCUGGGAGCCUGUCCUGGAAAGAUUCGAAGAUUGCUUGAGCAAGGUGUCUGCCGAGGGGAAUGAGGAUUCCAUGAGAAGACACCAGAGCCGCGGCCAGCUCCUGCCCAGAGAUCGGAUCGCAUUGUUACUAGAUCAAGACUCGCCUUUUCUGGAACUCGGUGCUUUUGCUGGAUUUGGAAACAAAGACUCUACGCCAUGUGCGAACUUGAUUUCCGGAAUUGGCAAUGUUUGUGGAAUGCCAUGUCUUCUCAUGUCACAUAUCCCAACACAGAGUGGAGGUGCUUGGAAUGAGAUGACAGUGCUGAAAGUGAAUCGGAUGAUGGAGAUCGCGUUUGAGAACGACCUACCACUUAUCUCCUUGGUUCAAUCGGCCGGUGUCUUUCUACCUCAACAAUUUCGAGUCUUCCACAAGGGAGGACAGCUCUUCCACGAUCUUGCGGUGCGCACGCAGCACGGAAAGCCAUCGUGUGCAAUCGUAUUCGGGGCUUCGACCGCAGGUGGAGCGUAUCAUCCUGCUUUGUCGGAUUACACAAUCUUUGUCGAAAAUCAAGCCCAAGCUUACCUUGGUGGUCCGCCUCUGGUGAAAAUGGCUACUGGCGAGGUCAUUGGGGCUGAAGAGCUUGGCGGUGCCAAAGUCCAUGCUGUCACGACUGGACUUGCGGAUCAGAUUUCUUCUGAUGAGUUCGAUGCCAUCUCAAAGGCCCGAGAGUGGGUGGCCUCGUUGCACGUACGAACCACCAAGCCGAGAAUGAUUGAGCCCGUUCCCCCUCGGUAUCCAAUUGAUGACCUCUUAUCGAUAGUCAAUCCUGAUAUUCGCAAGCCUUUUGAUAUGAGCGAGGUUUUGCUGCGAAUUGUUGAUGAUUCCCGUCUAUCUGUCUUCAAGCCGAAGUACGGACCCAAUAUCAUCACGGCCUGGGCUCAUGUUAUGGGCUUCCCUGUUGGUAUCGUAGCCAAUCAACUAUCGGUCAUUAACCCAAACGAGGCAGGAAAGGCUGCGCAAUUCAUUCGAAUGUGCAACCAGCAAAACACCCCAAUUAUCUUCCUGCACAAUGUCACCGGAUUUAUGGUCGGCGCUAAGGCAGAACACGCCGGAAUCAUAAAAAUGGGAGCUCAGCUCGUCUCGGCCGUCAGCUGUUCGACGGUACCCCACAUCUCCAUCAUUCUCGGUGCUUCAUACGGAGCUGGGAACUACGCUAUGUGCGGACGGUCAUACAAGCCCCGUUUCCUCUUUACAUGGCCGACUGGUCGCUGCAGCGUUAUGGGACCCGAUCAGCUGUCGGGUGUUAUGGAGAAUGUACAACAAGCGAGUGCUAAGUCGAAGGGGGUCACUCUAUCGCCUGAAAAACUGAAGAAGCAGGUGCAGGAAUUUAGGGACAGGGUUCAGCGGGAUGCGGAGUGCUACUCGACUAGCGCUAUGUUGAUUGAUGAUGGAAUUAUUGAACCUCGGGAUACGCGCGAUGUAUUGGGUAUGUGUUUGGAGGUUGUUACGUUGCAGGGAGUUAAGGGGGCAGAGUCGCAUAAUCUGCUGGCAAGAAUUUAG